AUGUCUUUAUUAAAUUUUUUUAAGAAGACCAGAGAUGAAGUACAGUUGGUUUCUUCUGACCAAGAUGAAAGUUCUGAAGUUGAAUAUGAUAUUUCAGACAAUAAUUUAGAACAUAGUUCAACCGAAACAAAUAAUUCCAGUAAUGAAGGGGUUGAAAAAUAUAUAGUUUCUUCACCUAAGAAUAACAAACGAAAAGCCAAAGCUCCUAUUUUAUCUCAUCAUAUUCGAUCAAAAAAUUUUAAAAUUAGUGCACUAUCCGAACAUGCUGGUACUAAGCAACAUGAAAAAGCUUUUCGAUUAGAAAAUCAAAAAAGGGCAAUGAAAACUGUUACAAAUAAUACUAUUAAUAAAGCUCAUCAACAUAUCAUUCAAGUAAUGAAAUUGAUUUUUUGGUUAGCAUCUGAAAAUCUUCCUUUACAUAAACUUAAAAGUUUUAUCAAUUUUUCACGAUUUAUUGGAGUGCCACAUAUUAAAGCUAGUAAUGAUAAUGGUUCAAUGUAUGAUAAUCAUACUAUUAGUCUUGAAAUGUUAGAUGCUUUUGCUCAAAUAAUCGAAAACAAAAUUUGGCAAGAUUUAGAAGCUUGUUCAGCUUUUAAAAUAAUGUUAGACGAAAGUACCGAUAUUGCAACUGAAUUACAUGUAAUAUUAUAUGUUAAAUAUUGUUUACAUAGGUAA